UUAUACCAUCUUGGAAACUAACAAAUGCAAAGAGCUGGAGAUCUCUACGUUCAGCAUCUUCUGGUAGACAGGUCAACAUCCCUGAGGAAAACAUAAAGAAAAUGCUCAAUGUACCAUUUUCGUCUCUGCUUACAAGCAAUGAAGAUGUGAAAAAAGCUAUUAUUUUUUCCCAUAAUGAAGCUAGAAGAAAUGCUAAACCCUCUGCAAGUAACAUGCUAGAAAUGGUAUGGGAUGAUGAUGCCGCAAAAAAAGCAGAAGGGUACGCCAAAAUGUGUAUAGCUGGCCAUAGCCCACCUAGCUACAGAAAGAUUUCAGAUAUCAAUUGUGGAGAAAAUGUAUUCCUGUCGUCAUUUAAAGCCGCUUGGGAAGAUGUAUUGCAAUCAUUUCUUAGUGAAGCUGUAGAUUUCGAUUAUGGGAAAGGACCAAAGAGUCCUUCGUUAGAAAUUCGUCAUUAUACACAGAUGAUGUGGGCCUCCUCAAAUCGUGUUGGAUGUGGUGUAGCUGAGUGCUCAAAUAAUGUCUUCAAAUAUGAUUACGUCUGUAUUUACUGCCCAGGGGGAAAUGAUGGCGACUCAAUUGGCUUCCCAUACAAAUCUGGACCUGCAUGUGAAGAUUGCAAAUCAUCGUGUGACAAAGGCCUUUGCACAAACCCAUGCCCACAUCAAGACAAGUAUGCAGAUUGCAAAGACUAUUAUCAUGGACAAAAAUGUGAUGCAAGCCUCGAGGAAGAUUGUCCUGCAACCUUUUUCUCCUAUGAUGCAGUGGAAAUGGAGAGUAUUCUGGGUUCAAUCAUGAGUUCCUCACAUCACCUGAUAAGGAUAUUGACAACCAUGACUAGGACAAAGCACGAAAUAAUCAAGUUGGAACAGGAAAUUAAACAGUUGGAAGAUUCACUUUGCCUUGCUGCAACUAAAGAGGAAAUUGCAUCUGUAAUACUUAUAGUUGAUACGCACAUUAACUCUGUCCAAAAGGAUGUCAAGGCACAUAAAUGCAAGAAAUUUCAACGUGACUUUGACAACAACUUUAAAGGAUGGGUUUACACUUAG